AUGCACUUGAUGUACACUCUCGACGCCGAGGGCAAGCGCCUCUACACCCUCAAGAAGGUGGCCCACGGCCAGGUCACCAAGUCGGCGCACCCUGCUCGCUUCUCUCCCGACGACAAGUGGUCGCGCCAGCGUGUCACUCUCAAGCGUCGCUUUGGCCUGCUCCUUACCCAGCAGAAGGAAGAGUAA